AUGUCCUGCUCGCACGAAGCUCACGACCACGACCACAAUCACGGCGACCACGCUGGCCACGACCAUGACGUUCCUCUGGAAUCAUCUCCGCUGGACUCGCUUUACCAGCAGAUCGACCUGCCAAAUGUAGUCGCAUUGAAUGCUGAGGAUGGAAGAGAGGCAGGGAAGAAGGUCAUCAAGAGCUGGGACAUGAAGGAAGAUGAUACUAUCUGGCUGGAGAGUGAAGUGGAUGACGAACUUAUCAUCAACAUUCCUUUCAACGCAUCAAUAUCGCUUCGCUCAAUAACGCUAAAAGCUGGUCCAGCUGGUCACACACCACGAGAGAUGCACCUAUUCAGAGACAACCUUGCCCUCGACUUUUCCGACGCCAGCUCCACCAACCCCGCACAAACGUUUGAUGUCGUUCCCAAUAGGGCUGGCGUAGAGUAUCAAGUCAAAGCAGCAAAAUUCAACGGUCUCACUUCUUUGACGGUCUUCUUCCCCGGCAACACAGCUGAAGAUGAUGAGGAAACCACAAAGAUCUUCUACAUUGGACUCAGAGGAUCACACAAGCCUUUGCCCAACCGGCCGGGAGCGAUCGUGUACGAGUCGAAUGCCAAUCCGGCAGACCACAAGAUCCCCGGAGUGAAUGCUGGAGGUACCACAAGUAGGCCUGGCUACUAG